AGGAUGAUACAAAAAAGAAAAAAAUGGUAGCCCUCCUUGUGAUCCAAAUUCCGCAGUGUCAUUUCAGUGGCAACUUGGGAAGCCUGGUCAGUGGUCAGAUAGGUGGGGCCAAGCUAAACUUGGCUCUGGUUCGUUGGUUUAAAUACUCGUUGAAUACAACUGAAGUCUUGAGCCACCACCCAACACAAAUCUCUAUCCAAGUUCUGGGAAGUUUGUGCGAAUGGAUCGGCGAAGACAGAGUGAGUCACGACCAAAUCAAUCUGAGGUUAACGUUGUUGUUGAUGAUUCUACUGCCUCUAGUGGCCGCCUUCUCCACCUUCAUGCUCUUAGUAUUGAUUCUGCUUCCCUUCCAAAUGCAAACGAACAGAUGAGUCGAUGGAGUACUCUGGUACUUGCGUACAAGACUCUUGGAGUGGUAUUUGGAGGACUUGUAACAUCUCCAUUGUAUGUGUAUCCUUCAAUGCCUUUAAAGUCUCCGACGAAAGAAGACUACUUGGGUAUCUACAGCAUAAUGUUCUGGACUCUUACUCUCAUUGGUGUUGUAAAGUAUGCUAGCAUAGCUAUCAAAGCCGAUGAUCAGGGAGAAGGAGGAACAUUUGCCUUGUAUUCAUUACUCUGUAGGCAUGUGAAUAUAGGAAUUCUUUCAUCAAAACGUGUAAGUUCAAAUUCAAGCCUUUCACACUCUAUGCAGGAGGGCACUGAAAAGAAAAGUAGGCUCGGAAUUUUUUUUGAAAGCAGUAUAGUUGCUAGGAGGGUAUUGCUUUUUGUUGCUAUAUUAGGCAUGUGCAUGCUUAUUGGCGAUGGUAUACUUACCCCUGCAAUCUCAGUGUUGUCGGCAAUGGAUGGACUAAGAGCACCAUUUCCUUCUGUGAGUAAAUCUCUGGUGGAGGCACUCUCUGCAGUAGUGUUAGUUGUCUUAUUCCUGUUGCAAAAGUUUGGUACCUCUAGAGUGAGUUUCCUCUUUUCGCCUAUCAUGGCUGCAUGGACCUUGAGCACUCCACUUGUCGGAAUUUAUAGCAUUAUACAUCAUUAUCCAAGUAUAUUCAAGGCUAUAUCGCCACACUACAUCUUCCAUUUCUUUUGGAGAAAUGGAAAGGAGGGCUGGCUGUUGCUUGGUGGCACUGUCCUUUGCAUCACAGGUUCAGAAGCAAUGUUUGCAGAUCUUGGUCAUUUCAACCAGCGUUCCAUUCAGAUAGCUUUCUUGUUGACAAUAUAUCCUUCUUUAGUUCUAACAUAUGCGGGGCAGACAGCAUACCUGAUCAAGAAUCUCAAUGAUCAUGAUGAUGGAUUCUACAAGUUCAUACCAACUGCAGUCUAUUGGCCUAUCUUUAUCAUAGCCACAUCGGCUGCAGUUGUUGCAAGCCAGUCGCUCAUAUCAGCCACAUUUUCGGUAAUCAAGCAAUCUGUAGUACUGGAUUAUUUCCCUCGAGUGAAGGUGGUACACACAUCCAAUAGUAAGGAAGGCGAAGUUUAUUCCCCAGAAGUGAACUACAUCCUCAUGAUUCUUUGCGUUGCUGUCAUACUCAUCUUUGGAGAUGGGAAAGAUAUUGGAAAUGCUUUUGGUGUCGUUGUCAGUCUAGUGAUGCUUAUUACCACUAUAUUGCUGACACUUGUGAUGAUCAUAAUAUGGAAAACUCCACCUGUGCUGGUUGCUCUAUACUUCUCUGUGUUUUUUGUGAUGGAAGGUGUUUAUGUGAGUGCAGUCUGCACUAAAAUUUAUGAAGGUGGAUGGAUUCCUUUUGCCAUAUCCUUCAUUCUUGCUGUUAUUAUGUUUGGCUGGUUUUAUGGGAGACAAAGAAAGCUAGAGUAUGAGGUAACUCACAAGAUAACUUUGGAGGGACUAAGAGAGCUUUUAUACAACCCUGGUGUCCAAAGGGUUCCUGGAUUGUGCUUCUUUUAUACUAACAUUCAAGAUGGGCUUACUCCUAUUCUUGAACACUACGUAAAAAACAUGAAAUCCCUUCACAAGGUCACCAUAUUCACAACUCUUCGAUAUUUGUUGGUUUCUAAGGUUGCUCCACAUGAGAGGAUCAUCAUCAGGAAACUGGGCCUAAUAGGGGUUUAUGGGUGUGUGAUUCAAUAUGGCUAUGCAGAUUCCUUAAAUCUUGAAGGAGAUGAUUUUGUAAGUCAAGUUACCAAUAGCUUGCAGAUGCAUCUACAGGGCUGCUCGGAUGGUCUAACAUAUGAUCCUGUGGAGAUCCAAGAAGAGAUUUCUGAUUUGGAACACACAAAGCAGGCUGGGGUGGUUCAUGUCAGAGGGAAGACAAGGUUCCAUGUAGGCAAGAACUGUGGCUGGUUUGACCGAAUCAUGCUUGCAUUUUAUGAAGUUAUGCACAACAAUUGUCGGUCUGCCCUGCCUGCUCUGGGGGUACCAUUACAGCAGGGUAUUGAGGUUGGAAUGCUUUAUGAGGCUUGAAAGGAUGCUUUCUAUCGAGUGUCAUCUCCUGUCCGUGUGAUUUUUAGUAAUAUACUGUAAGCAAAAGAGAGAGGGUGUCUAGAAACUUGGGGAAAGAAGGAUCAAGCUCAAUAUUAUAGAUAUUUUCUUGUAGGGUAAUGUAACGCAUUGGAGGGUUAAGGAAUUGAAGGUGGGGUUUGUGAGAUAGAAACCAACGACACCCAUUGGAGCCAGUUGACGAAUCCUUGAAAUCCUUGAAAAUAACAUUGUCGAGUCGAAGAGAGAGAAUGGGAGGUUUGCGAUUUUGGGGAGUUGAAGAAGAGGGGAGGCGGUGCGGUGAGUCAAAACUAUAAUAAACAGAGAAAAAAAAAAAAGUCUUCAACUUAUGACUAAGGUGAACCCCUGCCACAUGCUAAUGGUGACAUGCACACUUGUAGUUUUACAUUGUACACCAUGCCAUCACUUUUCUUUUUUUAUGAAAAAAAAAAAAAAAAAAAAAGCUUCCAUCAAAUCCACCAAACGUUUUAAUUGAUUACAUUGACAAUUAAACUAACUAGUUGAGUUUCCGCUCA